GCGGGCACUCGGGCGGCCGCGGCGCGAUGGAGGCGCCGGCCGAGUUGCUGGCCGCGCUGCCCGCGCUGGCCACCGCGCUGGCGCUGCUGCUUGCCUGGCUGCUGGUGAGGCGCGGGGCGGCCGCGAGCCCCGACACCCCGGAGCCCGCGCCCCCGGAGUCCACGACCCCGGCCGAGGCAAGCGGGACGCCCGCGCCGCUCGGCCCCUGCGCGGCGGAGCCGGCGGCCGCGCCCGAGGGGCCGGGGGAGCCCACGCCGCCGGACGAAUCCGCGCCGCCGGAAGAGUCCGCGGCGGCGCCGGCGGAGGCGGAGGAGCAGGCCGCCGAGGAGAGGCAGGAAGAGGAGCAGGAGCUGGAUGGCGUGGAGGGUCCACCCCUGGCAGGGCCUGAGGAAGAAGACGGGGGAGAGGCCUUCUUCAAAUACAGCCCCGGGAAGCUGAGGGGAAACCAGUACAAGAAGAUGAUGACCAAGGAGGAACUGGAGGAGGAACAGAGAGUUCAGAAAGAACAGCUGGCUGCCAUCUUCAAGCUCAUGAAGGACAACAAGGAGACGUUUGGCGAGAUGUCAGACGGCGAUGUGCAGGAGCAGCUCCGGCUCUACGACAUGUAGGGGCCUCCACCCGGCAAGACGCCGCGACGGCUGGGCCGUGACUCCACCCCGACCCGGGACCCAAGCCCGUGCCAUUCUCAGACUUUUGUAGGCUUCAUUUUAUCUUAUAUACAUAGAUGUAGAGGUAGAUCAUAUACAGAGUUGCUCAGUUCUUGCAAUUUAGAUAUCAUGUCACAGGAAUCAGGACUGUUGUCUUCAGAGAAGAAAAAUCCCUGACUUGUUUGGCUUCUGCCUGCUGGUGAGCUUCCAGCUGUCACAUGGGCUCCCCUCCGAGGCUGUCAUCUGAUCCAAAUUAGACCUUCCGUGCAGACCCUGAGCAGGCAGCGGCCCAGAAGGGCUGGCUCGAAGCCUCAGCAUCCCCAGCACAUGGUGUGGAAAGGAUUCAGGGGUGCUGUGGGAUGAGUAUCAGGUCCCACUGCCCAAGCAUCCAGUCUAAUAACACUACACCUUCUUCUUCCUUAGAAGGAUUUCUGGACACUUCCGUAACUGUAUGGAAGCAAGCAGUAGGGGAGCAUCCCUAAACAGCAAAAAGUCUGAUUCAAAGACUCACCUUUGAUCCUGGACCAAAGCAACAGUAUCAGAGUUAAGACCCUCUAAGUUUCUCUUAUUUAAGCGUGAGACUUACUUUAUAUAUAAUUAAGACUUCUAUGAGUGCUUAUCACACACCUAGACCUGUGCUAGACACUGUCAAUGGAAAUAAAAUACACAACACAGUCCUACCUUUAGAGAUUAAAGUUGUGUGGAGGGGAAUUCCCUGGCGGUCCAGUGGCUAGGACUCGGCGCUUUCACUGCUGAGGGUGCGGGUUCAAUCCCUGGUUGGGGAACUAAGAAGCUGCAAGCCGUGGCGCGGCCAAAAAUAAAUAAAUACAUAAAAAUAAAGUCCUUUGGAGAAGCCAGGCAUGUGUACAGGAAAAGAGAACCUCACAAGUCAGCAUUCAAUAAAAUGCCAAAAUGACCUCACAGAGAGAGUCUGGGCCACCUUAGCACAUCAGUAAAGUUCAGUGAGUCAGUGAGUAAAUGACGACGGAAAUAACAGCGAUUCUUCCGUUCUGCCCAGGUCCUGUAUCUGAUCGCCCCACUGGCAGAAA